UGAUACUCGACCAACUUACUUCCACACUAUUCACGGUUGGGGCGUUCAAAUAACUGGCAUUUUAAGUGGCGUUCCGCAUUUGGUUCGCAUGGUUUUUGCCUAUUUUUUUCAAUUUACAGUGAUUCAUUGCUGCAAAAAAAAUUCAUGGGGCCGAACAAAUGUACGGAAAUUUGCUUGUUUCAUCUCAAUAAUACUGAACGGUGUGUUCGUCAUUGGAUUAGCCUAUUCAGGAUGUAGUUCAACUACAGCCGUUGUUUUUCUCAUUUUGGCCACUGGAGUGUAUGGAGCCGUUACAGCAGGCCUGAUAGCAGCAGUCAUUGAUAUGAGUCCGAAUUUCUCUGGAAUAAUUCUCGGCUUAAAUGGAUUGGUCUGUGUUACGCCUGGAUUUAUUUCACCAUUCAUUGUCGUUGAAAUGUUGACAUAUGAAAACCAAUCAACACAACAAUGGCAAUAUAUAUUUUCGAUUUGUGCAACAAUUUUGUUUAUAACCGGCAGUAUAUAUCUUUUAUACUCCGAUUCAACAUUACAAAGUUGGAAUCAACCGAAAACACUCCCAAAUUCCACCAAUGACAAAGAGAUGGAAAUCAUAAAAAAAUGUCAUUCAAGAGAAAGUGAAGUCAACAGAAGAGCAAGAACUGAUACCAUUAAUGAAUGAUGCAUCAUUUGGACGUUUAAAGUGUUGGAGCACUUUCGUUAUUUGUUUAAUAAAAGUGAU